AUGAAGAGAAAGACAGAGAAAGAGAAAAUGUCUGAGGGUCAUCUGUGUCUGCUGGGACUGAUCGCUCUCUCUUCACUUCUCACAGGUACCAGUGGAGUAGAUGAUGCUCAUGUGUUCAUCAGUUCUGGAGGAAAUGUCCGUCUGCCCUGUAAUAACACACAUAAACACUACAGACCAACUACAUGGCCCUACAACACACUCAACAAUUCAGCAGCAGUUGAACUUAUUCGUUUAGGGAUAAAGAAGAAAGACACACAGAGACAUGAGAGACUGAGUCUGGGGUCUGACUGCUCUCUGAACAUCAACAACAUCUCAACAGAAGAUUAUGGAUCUUACAUGUGCAGACAAUAUGUGAACCACAAACAACAAGGAACUGAUGCUCGUGUUUAUCUGCAUGUUCUUCAUGUCUCACAGACUGAGAUCAGUGCAGGUCUCUCUGUGACUCUCUCCUGUCAGCUGUAUUCAUAUCCUCGAGUCUCUUGUGAUGAUUCGGUCAGUUCUGAGAGAAUUGAGCUGUUCUGGGUGAAUCAGGCUGGUGUUAAACUGACGAGAUCAGACUCCAGAUAUCAGAUAUCAUCCUCAUCAGGACACUGUAUCAUCUCUCUGAAUACAACACUCCUGAAUGAAGAUCACAACAGAGAGUGGAGAUGUGAAGUUACUCAGAGAGAUCGAGUCAAGACCUCAGUCACAUACACUGUCAAGAGUUCAGGUGAGAAAACAAGCUCAUUAAUCAGUGUUAGACCCUUAUAAUGAUAACAUUAAGGACUGUUAGUGCCAUUGAAGCAGAAAAAACUGAGGAACAACAGCUUCUUUCAGUCUGACAGACGAGAAACUCAA